GGACAAGAAGGAGAGCAGAACAAACUCCUAAAAGGAGGAGACUUACUUAUGGCCUAUGAGACUGAGGAUCAUGAGACUCAAUACUGCUUUCCUACCAAUAACUCAUCAUGUAUCAAGGGGAAACGCUCCAUAAAUGAAUACAAUGUCAUGUACAUGUUUUUUUCAUUGCUGUCAGCAUGGACUGUGUUUCUGAAUCUGUUGGUGAUCAUCUCCAUCUCUCACUUCAAGAAGCUCCACACUCCAACCAACCUGCUCAUUCUCUCUCUGGCUGUGGCCGACCUGCUUAGUGGACUUAUUGUCAUUCCCAUAGAGGCCUUCAGGCUGAUUGAGACCUGUUGGUACUUUGGAGACUAUUUAUGUGGAUUGUUUGUAACAAUCACUGGGCUGCUUUUCUCAAUAUCUCUUAGUAACUUGGUUUUAAUUGCUGUUGAUCGCUAUGUGGGUGUGUGUCUCCCUUUACUAUAUCCACAAAAAAUAACCAUGACCACAACUUCAAUGAGCAUCUGUUUCUGCUGGUUUUGCUCUUUAGUUUACAACAUUACCCUUGUGAUCAGCAACAACUUUUUUGACUCCUCACAGAGAACAGAUGUGUGUUUCGGAUUAUGCUUGGUUAUGAAUAGUUCUGCUUGGAGAUACACUGAUUUGACCUUUUCCUUCCUGUUUCCUUGUUCCCUGAUCAUAAUUUUAUAUUUGAGAAUAUUCUAUGUCGCACAUCGGCAAGUGAAAGUUAUCAACUCUCUGUUGAAAUUUGGAAAACGUGGAAUGGAAGGUUCUGUGAGGAGGAAAUCUGAAAGCAAGGCUGCUCUGACAUUAGGAAUCAUUGUGACAAUUCAUCUUCUCUGCUGGUUGCCAAUGUAUAUUUUUUCUUUUACUGGAAACACAGAAUUGACCUCGGUAGUAGUAAGUUUUCUAAUAUGGGUCUGCUAUAUUAAUUCAGGUCUGAAUCCUCUUAUCUACGCUUUAUUUUACUCCUGGUUUAGAAAGUCAAUCAUACACAUUCUAACUCUUAGAAUAUUUCAGUCAGCAUCCUCUCUGAAGGACAUUUUUAUAAACUAUCAAUCAUGA